GCAAUUUCGAUUUCUAUGAGGUGAUAGCUGAUUCGGCCUUCGACCUCGUCAACUAUAUCCUCAGAGAAAUCUCGAACUCUUAAUCUAAUUGUUAAUUAGUUUAUAGUUUUUCUUUCAAAACGGUAAAAGUACUCAUAAUCCCAACCGACAGAGAAGUGUCUAAUUAAUUUCCAAAAUACGUGGGCCUGCUGAUUCAAGACAUUUCUAUCAAAAAGAAAAAAAAAACAAAGUACGUUCCUGCAACUACUUCGUGCGGACUCCAGCUUUGUUGGAAAUAACAACAUGCAACCUUUGAGCCAAUGAGGACGCUCGCUUUUUUCUAACUAUUCAUGAUAUGUUAAUUAGCUAAAUUGAAAAUGUUCUCAAGAAGAUGGAUCUUUAUCGAUACCUAAUUACUCUACUGAAAUUACAAAUCUGAACAUGACGUGAAGGCACGAAUCUUUUUGCAAUAAUUUAAUUGGAAUUGUACUCUUACUUGAAGAGAUCAGAUGUAAUGAAAAGUUAUCUCUAUUUUAUUUUAUUUUACUAAAAUGAAAUUAUCGUAGUUGUGAAAUGAUUUGAAAAAGUGGAUCUUUAACUAUUGAUAAGUUAUUUGUUAUAGAAACCAAAUAAAAUCGAUCUGGUGAAAAAUAUUAGAGAGAAAUACAAAACAAUGUUAUGAGGCGUCAUUUCACAUUGUGGAGAAAUUUAUUUUGUGACAAAACACACAAAAAAAUUAAAAACCUGUACACUUCUAUCGCAUUAUUACAUGUUAAUUGCUUCCUGUCAUUGUUUUUUAAUCACACCACAAACGAAUCAAAGAAAAUGAGUGUUAUUAAGUGCCAUCCGUACAUCCCACUUUAAACGCACCGAACGAGAGUUCCUACAGUCUGAGUUAAUUCCUACUAAAUCAAUGUUAGUAUGUCGCCUUCGUUUUUUCGCUGAGUAUUUUAACUUUCUUUCUGUUUUUCUCUGGAUGCUUAUGCCCAUCACUUCCAAAACGCUCGAUUAUUGAAAAAAUUCUUAGUCCGCGUCAAGUCAUGAAAACAGCCAACAGCGACAAAAUUUUAGAAACUUCCAGUGUGGGGCAAGCACCGAGCAAAGACUUCUUCUCUUUAAUCGUCAGGAAAGAUUCUAUUGUAUGGCGCACAUGGAAAAUAACAUUGAGAAGUAAUAAGUCCUUGCCAAGCGAAACGACUCAAUCGUGGCAAGACUUCGAAGGUAGCUCCAGUGGCAAAAGACUCCAGAGUGAAAUACGACGAGUGUUUGGAACAGACACCUUGAAUUAUGUCCUGUCGGUGGUAACACAAAGCUGGUUGCCCUACUUGAAGAAUGACAUCAUGGUCGAAAUUCUUGUUCGACUUGAUCUUCUUGACAUCGCGCGGCUUGCACAGGUUUGUCGAGCUUUGUAUAAUGCUUCUUCCAGCGACAUGUUAUGGAGAAGGCUCUAUACCAAGCACUUUGUAGUGAUUUCACCUGAAAUUCAUUUGGUUGCUGAAGAUAUCGGGUGGAAGAAGGCUUUCCUAGUACGUCGACUAAAGCUUCAAGCCGUCCAGACCAGGAGGAGAGUUAAUAUGAAACAACAAGGGGAGGACUUAAAUAACACAACAAAUGAAGAGAGAAAGAAGUUGACUUUAGUUGUCUAAAUCGUAGUACUAUUUCAGAUUAUGCAGUGUGAAACGAAAUGAGGAAAAGAAAAGAAAAAGAAA